UUCGACAAGGAAUACCGGUUUAUCUGCAUUCAAUACACAACAACCAAUUCACAAUGAAGUUCUCUGCCGUUGUCAUGAGCGUGGCUCUUGCUGCCUCCCAAACCUCCGCCUUCGUGGCCCCCUCUGCUCGUUCUUCCGCCAUGAGCAGGUUGUACUCGUCGGAAAUGAAAGAAGAAACCGCCGCACCGACCACCACCACUGAAGAUGCUGCUCCAGGUACGAUUGAUACCGAGUUUGUAUCGUUCUCUCUGUAACUUACAUCAUCCCUCACUAACUUUUCUAGCUUCUCCUAUCCCUGCAGCAGACAUGAAAGAAUUUGAAGACAAGGUUGUCGAAGAAACCGCGUCGGAACUCAAGGCUGCCGCCACCGCUGCUGCCGUUGCCGCCCCUGCCGCCCCUGUGACCGCUGCCGACUACGUUUUGAAGACCAUCGACAAGAGCAAGAUCGUCCCGUAAGUUGUGUUGAAAUGUUUGGUCUCGGAUGUCGAAUGUGGUGUGGUUAGUGCUUUCGCUCUUUUUUGUCGKUCGCGAGGAAUCCAUCGUUCUGAGUCUUUUGCAUAGAAUUCACCCCAUUGACUUCUGUAUAYCUUGUUUAUUCCAGUGGCCGAAACGCAGAGACGGACCGAUCUGUUGCYGUUCCUUUYCUCAAGCGACCUCCUAAGCUCGACGGAACCCAAGCCGGAGAUUUCGGUUUCGAUCCUUUGGGACUCACCGAAGAAUUCGACUUGUUCACCAUGCAAGAAGCCGAACUCCGACACGCACGUCUUGCCAUGCUCGCYGUUGUCGGCUGGCCUCUUUCCGAAUUGUUUGCUCCUUCGUGGAUGCUUCAAAACGGAUGCGCUCCCAGUGUCCUCAACGGAUUCAACCCUGUCUCCGCCGUGGCUGUUCUCGCUGCCUUCGGAGCCUUUGGAUUUUUCGAAUACAAAACCGCCCUCCGAAGAAACGACAACACCGCCUUUGGAAAAAUGCACCGUGCCGAUUUGGCCGAUUGCAAGGACGGAGAAUACGGAGUUGCCGGGGACUACAACUUCGAYCCCCUUGGACUUUACUCGUCGAUCGGAAACGAUGCUUAUGCCCGCAAGGGUCUGAGAGAGGUCGAGAUCAGCCACGGACGAUCGGCCAUGCUUGGAAUCACCGCGUUUGCCGCCUGGGAAGCCCUCACCGGACACCCCAUCGUCGAGAACUCCAUGUUCUUCCACCCUAACUUUGAGCUCCCUGCUCUUGUCGCCGCUUACUACGCYUUUGGUUUCUUCUACGAACGUGACGAAGAAAGCGCCGACACCUUCUUCCGAUACAAACUAAGCAGCGAAGGAAAUGCSCGAUUGGAAAACAUGAAGAUCGGAGGAGGAGAAUCCGCCGCUCCCUCUUUGCCUUUCGACGUCGAUGCCAUCAAAGAAAUUCCCGAUAAGAUCUCUGCCACAGUUGAAACCCUUCAACAACAAUACAGCAAGCUAGAAAACGCAUACAUGGACAAUGUUGUCAAAAAGGAUUAAUUUGAAUCUYUCAUUUUGUCGCAAUACCAAUACCAUAAUAAACUAUGAAACCAAUAUAAACAUUACAAUAUC